AUGCGCGAAAGUGACGAUUCUGGCAAUUCUCGUUCCUAUUCACGUUUGAAAUCAAAGUACUGUGUGCGGCCCCGUUCAGUUUAUUUUUUAGACGCAUGCGAACCGGUAGCAGUGAUUCGGGAGACUCUAGCUCUAGCGCCGCUCGGAUUUCUUCAAAGAAGAAAGAACGGCCAGAUAUCUUGAGAAAGAAGGAAGAACAAAAAGCCGAAGAAGAAAGACUUUCGUACGUUUCACUGAGUAUCUAGGCCCUGUUUACCAGGACUGUCAGUAAUGUGUCCUUUUAGCAAGUGUGUAAAACGGACCUUAUAUUAUAAUACACAGUUCAUUUCAACUGUAGCUGCCACAUUACGGUUGACCAACCUUCUCGUCCGUCUUACCUGUUCGUUUAUUUUUUUCCGUUGCCACUUACAAGGCGCCAACAAUGGGCUGAGUCCAAAAUUCUUGAGGAACAGGUGGCUCGUCGUCUGGAGCGCUACCUUGAGAACGAGCUGGCCGCGCUCUUAAAAAGUCGUGAGAAGGAAUUUGUCGCCGAAGUCGAGCGUCGGGUGAAAGUUGAGCGUGAAGCACUUGAGCAAAGACGUCGCGAAGAGGCCGAGAGGAAAGCACGAGAAGAGGAGGAGUUGAGGAAAAGGAAAGAGGUUUGUUCUGGACUCAGUUUUGGCCUUUUUUGGAAAAGAUCCCGACACUUUUUUAAUUCCCGAUCCGAUCUUUAAUCGCCAAUAUUUCUUACCCUUAUUGUCGUAUAUACUUAUGUUCAUUUGAUUUAUUUGCAACUCACACGUAGUUUGUUGGCGGUGGUUUUUCGCUUUAGGCAUUGCCCCCUUAACUGUGACUGGACGUUAAGUCCGACCGUUGUGUUGGCUACUUCCUAACAUCCCUCUUGCAUCCAGAAGUUUUGGUUUGCAUGACUAAAUAGGGACAGGGACUUCCAGUCUUGUGUCGUGUUUUAUUACUUGGUUUCAUCUUCAAAUCACGCCUUGGUGGGGCGGAAAAUUACCAUGCGUAACUAGUUACUAAACCAAUAGAACAUAUUAAAGCUGGGUUAUUUACAUGUGGCCUAUCGAAUUGCAAUGAAUAUUUGCUCAUGCGUUCAGGCGCCCCGAUAUCCCGCUUUAAAUCUGUUUUCAGACACCGAGCGGCAACAUUUCCCAAUUUGAACUGUUUCGUUCUUAGUGUGCAGAUGGUCGCCUUUUAGGAAUUCUGAGGCUUUUAAUUAUGAAUUUUAAAAAGCUUCCUUGAACUGUCAUAGUUAGUUAACUAUGGAUCAAUUAUGUGCGGACUUUACCAGGUACUUUCUCACCUAUUUUUACGUGACAUACUCAGAACUCUGCGGCAGAUAGUUGUAAGCAAGAUUCCACUUGUCAUAUUUAUCCGACCGUCAUGUUGGAUAAGCUGGAAUUUAGCCUUAUAUCAGUAUGACAUGGGUAAAAGUCUGCUGAGCCUGUAGAUUGAGACAGUUCUAGAACUAGGUAAGCUUCGCGGGCAAUAUUCAUAAACAGACGUGCAAUUCCAACCCAUAGCGUUGACCAUUUACCGAACCCCGCGUCCAGUGUUUGCCCUAUAAUCCCCUAUCAUGCUUACCGUUGUUAGGUUAUUCCAACACCAGUCGACCGCAGAAGGGAGGUGUUAGGAUUAAUAGCAUGAGCAGCAGGGCUGUUUGUGGGCAUACCUGAGUUAAACUCUGUCCUGCUGAAAGGUACGGAUCGUCCAACACCUUCACUUUAGUUGCCUCUCCACCACUAUCCUUACAGACAUUCCCCACUGGGUCACAAUUUUUCUCUGACCAGUCCCUUUUCUCCCUUUACCGAAUUUUUAUAUGCGCUUUUGAUUGUAUGCCGUCGUUGUUUAGUUCAGUUCAUGAAGCAGGGCAGCAGUUGACGUUAGUGAUUGUUGUUCAGGAAUUAACUCACCAUGCCCGUUUUGUUUGCCUAGGAGGAAGAACGGCAGUUGAGAGAAUUAAAUGAGCGGUUAGCCCGCCAACGCAAGGAAGAACUGGAGGAAGAGCGCCGUCGAAAUGUAGGUUGACUGUUCCCUCAAGGGUUGUUUUUGCCUAUAUGCCUAGCCUGUUAAUCUCUGCUGUCUAGCCAAUAUUAGCUCUGCGCCACUGAACCCCCCGCCGCCUGAACUUCGCCAAGAUGCCUAUGGCCCCAAGUCUCGUGCAUCCUGCUCUACGUGUUGCGUUUUGUUUCAGUGGUGGUGGCAUCUUAACCUCCAAAGACAACUUCAGAAGCAACUUCUCUCAAGUGAAGACCACAAGCAAUUCCUGUCGAUUCCGUUGUGUAGUUUUGUGCUCAUUUGAGAAGGGAAGCUCUGAAAAUCCUUAGUAAGCUUACAUCAAACCGAUAAAGAUAUUAACUUUCGAAGUAGGAAUUUUUAUUCCGAGUACUGAGUGCUUUUAUAUCUGCUCACCCUCCUAUGGGCGGUCGAUUCGGCGCUUCCACCGUAGUACCAGAAAUGUCCACUAACAGAUUUUUAGCAACCUUAUUUUACCAAGGCCUUUAUUUGACUGUAGGAGGAGAUACAGCAAAAGCAGUACGAAGAGGAGCUGCGAAAACUGGAGGAGCGCCAACGACAGGAGGCCGAAGAGCAACGGCGCGUCAGAAGAGAACAGGAGAUAAUCCUAAACAAAAAACGACUCCGCCCCAAGCUGUGUUUUUCUCUAAAAAAGUGA